UGGCGGGAGACCCCCUGCGUAGCGAGAGGAAAGUCAUGGUUUAUUUGCGGCUGCCUGCCAUUGCCCGCUCCCAAUACUACAACUCGCAAAUCGCCAUAUUGGUAGCUGGCGUUCUGGGGACUUUGCUCCGGAUGCAAGCAGACAUUUUGUGCAUAAUACUACCAAGAAGGACAAUGCACAAUGUCCUCGGAGGCCUCCUUGGAACAUAACUAUGGACAACAGCUGGCAAAACCUUUACCUGUUCAGGGUUUGGAGCGCUCUCUCAAUCUCGCACCACUCCUCACAUAUGUAGAAAACCUACUAACAGAACCAAUUGGUGAAAGUGAUGGUACUGAUACAGAUGCAGAGACCGAUAUUCUCAAGCCAUGUAUAAAGGACGGAGAAGGAAACAAGAUCCUCAAUGGCAUUACAAUCACUAAAGAUGAAAGAAGAGCAGAUAAAACUAGGCUCUACAACUUUAGUAGAGUGAAGAAGAGUCGUAAGUGGUUGAAAAAUAUUCUGCUAAGCGACAGCUCAUCAGACGAAGAUGAUGACCGAACAAUCUCACAAGAAGAGCUGCAGUCCAUGCUCAAAUUCCACAAAUUCCAGAAGAAACAUCAGAUGCAUUUCUACCAGGAUACUGGGCUGCACCAGUACCAGUAUUACAGCACAGGGCUUCUCUCCAACUAUGACAAGUACCCCGAACACUUCAAGGCUAUUGCAGGGCCCAGGAAGAAGAUCUCCAGGGAACAGAAGAAAAUGGAAAAGAAGGUUAAAGCCAAACUAAAGAAGCUUAAGAGGGAGAAAGAUCAAGAAAAUGGAGAUUUGGAGAGUCUUGGUGAGAUCGACCCAGCUGUUCUUGAGAUGCUGAUGCAUCAGUCGCGGAUGGCCAAACGGUCCGGCAAGCAGAAGAAGCUCACACCAGAACAGGCUGACAUCAAGAGAAAGAGAAUAUGGAUAGCUAUUGCAAAGAAAGAAAUUCCAAAGGCUCAAAAGCAGAAAGCAUCUGCAAGAAAAGAAAUGCUUACGCUGUUGAAGAAGGUGUCGACGCAGUGUAUGAAGGAAUGUCGCCGAGCAGCCAUCCAGUCUCAGAAGGUGAUGAAGGAGACGCCAUCGCGGGCCCGGCGCAUCACUCGGGAGAUGUUGCUGUACUGGAAGAGGUUCGACAAAGUGGAGAAAGAGCAUAGGCGGAAGGCUGAAAAGGAGGCUCUGGAACAGAGGAAGAUGGAUCUGGAACUAAGAGAGGCAAGACGUCAGCAGCGGAAGUUGAAUUUCCUGAUCACACAAACAGAAUUGUAUGCGCAUUUUAUGGCCCGGAAGUUGAUUGGUGACUCUGAAGCAGCAAAGGAAAAGAUUCUGAAUCAGCUGGAAGAUAGCGAGAUGGUGAUUAGACAGUGUGAAUUAUCAAGUUUGGAUGACGACUAUGAUAGUGAAGAAAUGAAGAGGAUAGCUCUAUGUAAUGCUGAGCAAGCAUUCCAAGUUCAUAAAUCUAAGACCUCAUCAUUUGAUGACAGGCUGAGCAAAACCAAUGGCAAUGAGUUGUUGGGUUCUAGUCUUGCCAACCCUGUCUUGGCCAGUGAAGAAGAGAGACCACAGCCCAGUAUAUUUCAGGGCACACUGAAAGGCUACCAGCUGAAGGGUAUGAACUGGCUGGCUACCUUGUACAACCAGGGUAUCAACGGGAUCCUGGCUGAUGAGAUGGGACUGGGAAAGACAGUUCAGAGUAUAGCAUUCCUGGCACAUUUGGCAGAGUUUCAGUCAAUAUGGGGGCCCUUCCUCAUCAUAGCUCCGGCAUCUACACUACACAACUGGCAGCAGGAGUGUGCCAGAUUUGUCUCCAAGUUCAAGGUUGUCCCAUAUUGGGGCAAUGCUCAGGACCGACGGAUUCUACGCAAGUUCUGGGACCAGCGUAGCCUUCACACAGAAGAUGCAUCGUUCCAUGUGGUGAUCACCAGCUACCAGCUGGUCAUUCAGGACGUCAAGUAUUUCCAGAGAAUCAAGUGGCAAUAUAUGAUCCUAGAUGAAGCUCAGGCCUUGAAAAGUAGCUCAAGUGUUCGAUGGAAGAUUCUGCUUGGAUUCAACUGUCGGAACAGGCUGCUGCUUACAGGGACCCCUAUCCAGAACAGUAUGGCAGAGUUGUGGGCCUUGUUGCAUUUCAUCAUGCCGACAUUGUUUGACUCGCAUGAUGAGUUCAAUGAAUGGUUCUCCAAAGACAUUGAGAGUCAUGCAGAGAAACAGUCAGGAAUUGAUGCAGAUCAACUUGGAAGACUCCACAUGAUCCUCAAACCUUUUAUGUUGAGGAGAGUCAAGAAAGAUGUAGAGAAUGAACUGUCAGACAAGAUUGAGGUGUUGGUGUACUGCCCUCUGACAUCACGGCAGAAGUUCCUGUACCAGGCUGUGAAGAACAAGAUUUCCAUUGAGGACCUCAUCAACAGUGCCACGUCCAACACCUCCCAGGCUCAGUCCACCACCAGCAGUCUCAUGAACCUCGUCAUGCAGUUCAGGAAGGUUUGCAAUCAUCCUGACCUAUUUGAAAGGCGAGAACCUAAGUCCCCAUUCUACAUGGCUCUAGAGCCAUAUACGGUGCCAAAACUUAUCUACCGUGAAGGUAUUCUUGAAAGUGCUCAGCCAAGCAAGGCCAAAGUUUUGUAUAACUUGAUGUACAUAUUUUCAUCUGAACACAUCCAUCAUUCACUCUUCCCCCAGUCUCAUUCCAGUUCGCAUGUACAUAGUUGUUUCUCAUUUCUCCGCUUCAUCAACACAUCCCCAGCAGAGCUGACAGCUUACAUGGGAGGGCUGUUGGUCAGGUGGUUAGCUGUUUUCCUAUGGUUGAAAGAGGCUUAUAGGAUACACCACUAUGACAACUGGAGCCACGAGAAUGGCAGCGAGCAGCUCUCAAACCAGCUUCUGCUCCUGCAGCCCUGUGGAGUUACCUCAUUCACCAACAUGGAUGCAAGUCCCCACCUCCGCCGACUCGUGUUCACCGCCACCACCUCUAGGAUCACAUCUCAUGAAACACAUGUCCUUCACUACAUCAGCGAGACAGCUAGUCACCGGCAGAUCCGACUGCGGCACCUGCGACUAGCUGCUGCCCUGAAGAGGCACCAGCUCAGUCCACCUCAUUCUCCUACCAAGUCCCCGAAACGGAAUCCAGUUUUUGAUGAAAUCUCUCUACCUAUCCAUCCGCAUAGACUGAGGCCAGAUAGAGUGUUUAGAUGUCAGCCCACUUCAAUUCCAGCCUUUCUCUACAACUGUAUACCAAAGGUGCGGUGUGGAUCUAUUGAGUGGUACACUGUGGAUCGAAGUGCAGCUUGGCAGAAGAUGAGGCAGGACCUUUGUGGGAGUCUUGAUGCUAAGAGGGCACUGCUAUACGGCACACCAGAAAAAUACAUGGAUGUGCGAUGGCCAGCCCUGACUUUCUUCCCACGUCCGCUUGGGGGCUUGGCAGCUGUACAACCUCGCCAUGGAUAUUCAGCUGUGUUCAUACCAGACAAAGAGAGCCUGGUGUCUGAUGCUGGCAAGGUGACAGUGCUUGACUCUCUGCUGCAGAGGCUGAAGAGAGAUGGGCACAGAGUCCUCAUCUACUCCCAGAUGACCCGAAUGAUUGACUUGCUGGAGGAAUACAUGUGGUACCGUAAACAUACCUACAUGCGACUGGAUGGAUCUUCGAAGAUCUCUGAGAGGCGUGACAUGGUAGCAGAUUUCCAGAAUCGAUCUGACAUCUUUGUUUUCCUGCUGAGUACGAGGGCCGGUGGUCUGGGAAUCAACCUCACUGCUGCUGACACUGUGAUAUUCUAUGACAGUGACUGGAACCCAACUGUAGAUCAACAGGCUAUGGAUCGAGCCCAUCGUCUGGGCCAGACCAAGCAGGUCACUGUGUACAGGCUCAUCUGUAAGGGGACUAUUGAAGAGAGAAUUCUACAGAGAGCCAAGGAGAAAAGCGAGAUCCAGAGAAUGGUUAUUCAGGGGGGCAAUUUCAGGCCUGACACACUCAAACCGAAGGAGGUUGUGUCCCUGCUUAUUGAUGAUGAUGAGAUGGAAAAGAAAUUACGAUCACGGCAAGAAGAGAGAAGAGGGAGAGAUGGCCAGAGCAAGGAAGACAGAAAACGAAAACGAGAAUACAAGAAACGAGAAGGAAAGAGGUCCAAGGUGGAUGAUUCCAAUCUGACAAUCCCUGCCCCAGAUACAGAGUCUGUUGCAAGUGUAGACUCUGUGUCAGUUCCAACUAGUCCACAAAGUGUGAUGUCAGUGGGAAGUGAAGCUUUAUUUGCUGCCACGCAUGAAGACAGUAGCAACGAUGGAGGACUGGUCAUAGUUGACGAUGCCCACACAUCAUACCCACCAGUUGCCUCAACACCGACUCCACCAAGCAAAAGGGGGCGGGGCAGGGGCCGGCCCCGGGGAUCUGGUGUCGGUCGGCGGCCCAGGGGGAGAGGCACAAAGAAAGCGCUAAGUGCAGCUGAGAUUGCAGGGGCUCAAGCAGGGAUGACUGCAGCCUAUGCAGCACUGGGUUACAAUGUUGCAAACAUUGGGUCAACUGGUUCACCUCGAGCAGCUGGGUCUUUGCCAACAUCAGGGAGAAGCACACCCACGGUGUGACAGACCAUAAAAACAGAUGCUUAGCAUGAACAGUCAUUUUAAUAGGUUUACUCCAUGAUAUUACUGUGGGGUACCUCUGGUUGUUUUAGCCAAGGAAUGAAUGGGGAUACUACUGGAUGAAGAUACACCAGUCUGUUGGAAGAGGAAAGAUAAUAACUAGUUCAUGUUUAGACCAGUCUGUGCAUUAUAUUUAUCCCGGUCUGAAGACAGUAGACUUUUAGUUCCAUUUGGCUUUUCAGACAUAUUGUGUUUCAAUACGUGGCCAUUGUUAUAUGUAGUUCAUUUGACUUCGAAAAAUGCACAGGAGCUGACUUCAGAAGGACAACCUUCAAGACUGAUGCUUUCGACGGAGGAAAAAACUGAUGAGGUGAUCUUACGAUACCUGUAGUCAUUGUGACUGGAAUCUUUUAAAUGGACAUAUCACUGUCCAUAGUUACCAUGUAACACCAUUAGAACCGAUAGAGCCAUGGGCAGUGCUAUUGAAUCAAUCUAGUGAUAUCCAGAGUUACCAUGUAAAUUCAUGAGAACUGAUCAUAGCAAUUGACAAAUGCUAUUCAGCCAAUCUGGUGAUGGUCAUAGUUGCUAGGUAAGGUCAUCAAAACUGGAACCUCUAAGAUAUGGACAAAUGAUAUUGUAAUGUCCACAAAUGUUUAAGUCAGCAGUUACCUUCAGACCAUGGACAAAUGCUAAUGAGUCAAUUCUAGUAUGCCCAUGGGUGCUGUUUGGCCAUCAUGAGUAGUUGUUUGGCUGCUGUUUGCCAAAUAAAUUAAGCACAAAGUAAAAUAAAGAUAAUUAAAGACCAAUCUUGCAGAUUUCCAGUUUAAGACAGGCAACCAUUGAAUCAAUGACUGCUUGUUAGCUUCUGGAGAACACCCAGUGGAAUCAUGAAGAAAUAUAUCUAAGGGUCAGUGAAUGCACUGGCUGGUGAUCGUAAGGAAGUAGUCAUGGUGUGUUGAUAAUGUUGGUAGUGCAUAUGCAUGUGAAGGUCAGAGUUUUUCAAAUAAAAUACUGUAUUUCUUUUUUAAGGCAACAAAGGAACAAUUCAUUUUCCUAUGCAGACAUGAAUGAGUUGUUAUAAGCUCAAAUCUGAAAUGUAUUUAGAAAAGGAUUUGUACAUCAAUAUAAAAGAAUAGGUUCGUUGUUGUUGCUGUAUGUGAAGUUGUUGGUGGUGGACGAUGUUGAUUGUACAGUGUAGAACUCUGCAAUCAUGUCCAGCAUACAGCUGCCUUUACUGAUCUUCACCGGUUCACAAAAUAUGCAAGUUUGUAUGUCCUAAAUUAUUGACAGGAUAAUUUCAUUACUUAUUCAAGGUUUUGUCAUCAGAUUGUACAUAUAUCCAUUACAAUCAUAUUGUAGAUAGAAGCUGUUUUCAUGUUAAGUGAAUCAGUGGCAUAACAUUGUGUGCAAGAACAAAGGAACUUUGGUACCAAGAGAAUCUCUUUUGCGGAAGAGUAUCAGAAAUGAAGAUUGUCUCAUUUGUGUCUAAACGUUUGUGAAGUAUAUUGGAAACUAAUCUGUUUAUGUAAACUGAACAUGAAUAAACCAUGCAGAGGGUACAUUCUGACGCAUAGCUGCAUGGAAUCAAGUGUAAGAUGUCAGAAUUGAACAUCCUGUAAGACUUGUGGCAGACUGAGUGUCGCCAUGUCAAGGAAACAAUUUUCGUACUAGAACCAUAAUAUGUAAUUUAGUGGAGGAAUUAAUUAGUUUUCUGUUCUAAUGUCCCUUUCUUGGACAGGGACAUUAAUGUGGAUUUGUGAUUCAGUCAGUGGUUUGUCACAACCAAGGAACCAUAUACCAUCAUCACUUGAUAGAGUUGCAGCUGACCAAUUUAUGAAGGGACGGUCAAGGUGUUGCUUGUUAAUGUUUGUCUUGGGUUAUUCAGUGUUGUGAGGAGGUUGUGUUUGACAAUGGCUUUCAGUCAGAUGUGCUGCACCUGUUUGAUAAUUUCUGUGAGAGCAAGGUCUGUGCUCGGUCAUAGAUGUAUUUCCCAGGAGAAAUGUAGAGUAAUGUUAUAUCGCAUAUGAUCAACAGAUCUUUUAUGAAUGGUCAUAUGAGAAUGAUAAAUUCUCUGGUUUACAUCAUUCUGACUUUCCUUUACAAAAAGGAGUAAAUUUGAAAACAUCUUUUUUCAUUAUGAUUUCGAAAUAAAUACUUGGUGAAGAUAAACUAAACAUGUUUGACACAUGAACCUAAAAUGUCAAUGGUCAGGACUGAAAAAUUAUAUGAAUAUGACAUUUAUAUGUGGACCAGAGAUAUGGCAUGACAAAGUGUAUUCCUUCUGUGACACGUGGAGAACAUCAGAUGUACCGGCUUAUAAUGUUAAAUAAAUAUGCCUUGGAAAACAUGUGACUUGACACAGAUUUCCUUCCUAGGUAUAGAAGUUCAUAGUAUCCUACAAGCCUCAGACAUUUUUUCAUACAUAAAAGAUAGGGACUAGUGUAGUCUGGCCAUUUCACAGUCCAAGGAAAAUUGCUUCAGGUGACUCAAAACCCUGAUUUGAAAUGAACACCAGACCAUAUUAUUUCAUGUAAGGGGUAGGGGGAGUGAGUGAGUGAUAUACUUAUGCUUAUCUUAUGAAAUGUCUAGUAGAUGUUAAAUGUUAAUUUAUGCCCUGUAGUAAAACAUACAUUUAAGAGAUCAUUCCAAAAUUGUUCUUAUAUAAAGAGACAAGGAUUGAUGAGACUGAUGAGAUUGAUGAGACUGUUACAAAAUAUUGUUGAAUGCAAGUUACUACUAUUGUCAUGACAACUACAUUUUCACCUCCCAUUUUCAAAAUUAAUGUAUUCAGCAACAUGAAAUGAUACGUAGUCAUGUAAUGAUUUGGUUAUUUUAAAACUGACAAAUGUUAUUUAUGAUUUUGUUGCAUGUUCCUCUGUUAUGUAAAUUGAAUGAUAGGAACUUGCAUGUAUUUGUUAAAUAUUUGGUUACAUUACGAAGACUUGGUGCAGCAUCAAGUUGAUAUGUGGUCACACUGUUACCCAAUCAUGAAAUGUUGGCACAGAGUUGACAUAAGGCUGUGUGAUAUUGUGUUCUGCCUAGCUGAGAGUUGUCAUGCUGUGAUCUUCAGGAAGCAUACACUGGCAUACCACGCAGGAAGCUGUGACUGCAGUGAACUGUUUUAACCCAGGGGUAUUCAUGUUGCUGAACUGUGUUUUCACAACUGUUGGCAUAGAGGUCAUCAUUGAUCCAUGAGUUGUUAGUCUGUCGGUGAUUGAUAUUAUAAGAUAUGUUUUGUAUUUGUAGGUUUAUGGUGUAUAUUGUUUUGCAAAUGCGAGGGCUAGGAAAAGUACAAAUGAACCUACGUCAAAUGACAGUUCUGCAUUGAGAAACUUCACUUAAAUCAUGAGUAUUUGAAUUUAAAAAAAGGAAAUUUAUUUUAUACAUUUGAACAUCAUAAUUGUGUUGGUAACGGUUAACCUGCUUGUGUGUAUUUUUCAAAGGACACUAUCAGCUCAAAUUGUUGUCAUAUGUCUGGUUCUCUUCACCUAAACUAAACCUUUCAUCAUUAUCACUCAUGAAUUUGCACUUGUGGGUCACACACUGAUAGGUCCAAGUUGUUGAUAAAUAUCAUUAUAGGUCCAAAUGUAAUUUGGCAAUUCUUUUUUUUUAUAUACCAUUUUCAGUCGUAGUAACAGGUGUAAAUGAUAAUUUAAACCAUUUGGACUCGAUGUGCAUUUAAUGUCAAUCAGGAUUAUCUGAAGACACAGUCAUACAGCCAUCAAGAUGACACUCCACUCCACACCACACCAGUGAGGUGGCAUCUUCUGUCAUAUCUGUUCAUGAUUUGUAGAUAUGAUUAAACUAUUUUUACACUUG